AUGAGAUCCUCGACAACACUCGCCACGGUGCUGGGCCUCGGCUCUACUGUGAUAGCACAGUCAUCGAUAGCGAGAACGUGUCCAGAGUCCGAUGUCUGUUAUAGCCUCAAUAUACCGCAGUCGACAGUGCAGUCCAAUUCUCAAGGCGACAUAUACUUCCAACUAUCCGCACCGAUCAAAUAUCAAUGGGUCGCACUGGGACAAGGGUCAAGAAUGUCUGGUUCGAACAUCUUCGUCAUGUACACCUCGGCAGAUGGUCAGAAUGUUACCGUCUCUCCUCGUCUGGGAACAGGACAUGUGCAGCCACAGCAUGCUACGGAUGCUCAGGUUGAACUACUAGCAGGCUCGGGCGUUGCAGAUGGAAUGAUGACUGCAAAUGUGAAGUGUAGUAAUUGUAACUCGUGGUCGGGUGGCACGAUGGACUUCACCGCUCAGUCUGCAAACUGGAUAUACGCCUACAGGACUGGUGAUGCGCUCGAUUCCGAUGAUCUUGAGGAGAAUAUAUCGCAACAUCAGAAGUAUGCAUCCUUCAGGUGGUCGCUUGCCGAUGCGCAAGGCGGCGACAAUACCAACCCUUUCGUUGCAGCUGCAGUAGCAGACUCUCCGACAGCAUCUGUCGGAUCCAGCGCCAGUCCUACUGCAUCAACAACGACUCGACCUACCAGCAGUGGUGACAUGGGCUCAUCCUCUGAUACGACGUUCCUCGGCGCAAGCGCUCCCUUUGGUGGAAACUCAAACUACGGCGACACGCUCACCACCGCUCAUGGUACACUAGCUUCACUUGCUUUCGUAGCUCUCUUUCCUGCAGGAGCGAUUUUGAUCCGGGUAGCAAACUUCGCGGGACUGGUCUGGCUUCAUGCCGCCAUACAGACAGUGGGCUUCUUGCUGUUCAUCGCCGCAUUCGGACUCGGCAUCUACAUUGCCACCCAGCUGAGUCUGCUGGGCAGCUAUCACCCCAUCAUCGGGAUUGUACUCUUUGUCGUCUUGUUCUCUCAGCCUGUGACCGGACUUCUCCACCACAAGAUGUUCAAGACACAUGGCGGCAGGGGAAUCUUCAGCUUCGUGCAUUUGGGCAUCGGACGUGUUGUCAUCUUGCUCGGACUCAUCAACGGAGGUCUGGGACUGAUGCUUGCAGACGCUACGACGGGCGAGAAGACUGCUUACGCGGUAUGCGCGGCAGUGGUCGGUGUGAUGUAUAUUGCUGCCGCAGUGUUUGGAGAGGUGAGAAUGUCCAAGAGGAAAGCAGCGGGCAGCGCUGGAGGGUCGACGUUUAGCGAGAGUAAGAAGGGACACCAACAGCUGGGAAGCGCAGCUGAUGGAGGAGAUGGCAUUCAUAUGUCGCAGGUUCCCAAGGGAAGAUGA